AUGGCGUCCGCCUCCUCCUCUGCAGUCGCAGAGGGAUCCACAAAGAGAAAGAAGGGCGGCUCCGCACCUCAUCUCAAGUCACGUUCCAAGAACGCCCGUAAGCUCAAGAGGCAGGCCGAGGAUGCAGAGAUCACCCAGCUCGAGCAGGGCGCAACCUCGUUCGUCGAGCCGCCCAACUUCAAGCAAUUCGCACAGUUGCCCCUCUCGGACCGCACACGCAGAGGCCUCAAGAAGGCAGGAUACACAGACAUGACCGACAUCCAAGCCAAGUCGCUGCCGCUUUCGCUCAAAGGCAAGGACGUGCUCGGUGCGGCGCGCACGGGCUCGGGCAAGACGCUCGCAUUCUUGAUACCCGUCCUCGAGAUUCUCUUUCGCAGAAAAUGGGGUCCUUCUGACGGCCUGGGAGCCCUGGUCAUCUCGCCGACGCGAGAGCUCGCCAUCCAGAUCUUCGAGGUCCUCCGCAAGAUCGGACCCUACCACACCUUCUCGGCCGGUCUCGUCAUCGGUGGCAAGGAUGUCAAGCAGGAAAAGGACCGUCUUUCGCGCAUGAACAUCCUAGUCGCCACUCCCGGUCGCCUGUUGCAGCACAUGGAUCAGACGCUUGGAUUCGACACCUCCAACCUCCAGAUCCUCGUCCUCGACGAAGCCGAUCGCAUCCUCGACAUGGGCUUCUCGCGCACCUUGAACGCCAUCGUCGAGAACCUGCCGCGCGACCGCCAGACCAUGCUCUUCUCGGCCACGCAGACCAAGCGCGUCAAGGACCUGGCGCGCCUCUCGCUUCAGAACCCCGAGUACGUCGCUGUCCGUGAGCCCGAAAACGAGGGAUCCACGCCCAAGGGUCUCGAGCAGCACUACAUGCUCAUCGAGCUCGAAAAGAAGCUCGAUCUGCUCUUCUCCUUCAUCCGCACCCACACCAAGUGCAAGGCGCUCGUCUUUAUGAGCUCGUGCCGCCAGGUGCAGUUCGUCCACGAGACCUUCUGCAAGCUGCGUCCCGGUAUCAGCCUCAUGGCGUUGCACGGCAAGCAGAAGCAGGCCAAGCGCCUGCAGAUCUUUACGCAGUUCACCAAGACGCAGCAUGCCAUGCUCUUUGCCACCGACAUUGCUGCGCGUGGUCUCGACUUCCCCGCCGUCGACUGGGUCAUCCAGCUCGACGUGCCCGAAGACGUCGACACCUACAUCCACCGCGUCGGUAGAACCGCCCGCUACACGGCCAAGGGCAACAGUCUGCUCUUUGUGCUUCCCAGCGAAGAGAAGGGCAUGCUCGAGGCGCUCGCCACCAAAAACAUCCCCAUCGGUCGCAUCAAGCCCAAGGAGAGCAAGACGCAGAGCAUCCAGAACCAGCUGCAGGCCUUCGCCUUCCAAGAGCCGCAGAUCAAGCAUCUCGCACAGAAGGCGUUCGUCUCGUACGUGCGCUCGAUCCACCUGCAGAAGAACAAGGACAUCUUUGACGUCACGGCGCUUCCGCUCGAGCCGUUUGCUGCGGCGCUCGGUUUGCCCGGUGCACCCAAGGUCAAGUUCGUCAAGGAGGCCGCCAAGGCCAAGAAGGCGGCAGCGUACAAGGCGGCCCAAUCGCAGGGCGAUGCGCCAGGAGACGAGCAGGACAGCGACGAAGAGGCGGACAAGGCGACCAAGGUGCGCACCAAGUACGACCGCAUGUUUGAGCGCAAGAACCAAGACAUCCUCAGCGAGCACUACGCCAAGCUCAUCGCCGACGACGACGACGAUGACGACGAUGACGAUGCCUCGUCCACCGGCAAGCGUACGGGCGGCAGCGAUGACGACUCGGACUCAGAUGGGUCCUCCCAAAGCGACUCGGACGACGACGAGAAGGAGACCCGAUACGGUCGAGCCGGUGCUGGGCGCAAGGAGGAUCGCCUGGUGGGCAGCGAUACAUCGGACUCGGAAGAGGAUGACUCGGACGACGAGGCGAGCGCAGUCGCAGCUGCAUCCAAGUCGAAACGAGCCGGUCUUGCAGCUGCAGACGAGGACGACGACUUCCUCACGCUUAAGCGCGCCGACCAUGCUCUGGAGGAUGUGGGCGAUGCGUACAACAUUGGCGGCGACGACGAGGCGAUCACGAUGGAGCAGGCCAAGGCGGAUGCCACCGAGAACCUGUCGAAGCGCAAGCUCGCCAUGGGCCAGAGCAAGAAGGCGCUGGCGCUGGCGGGCAAGCGCGGCAUGGGCGAGAAGCUCAUCUUUGACGACGAGGGCGAGGCGCAUGCGCUGUACGAGCUUCAGGACGAAGAGGCGUUCCGAAAGCAGGGCGAUGCGCGGACGCAGGCGCAGCGGUGGGAAGAGGAGGAGCGCGAGCGCAUGCAGCAGGCCGAUCUCAAGGACAAGGCGCUCGCCAAGGAAAAGCGCCGAGAGAAGCGCCAACGCCAGAAGGAGCGCGAAAAGGCACAAGAGCGUGGCGAGGACUCGGACUCGGACGAAGACAACGACGAAGAAGAAGAUUCGGACGACGGCCGAGGCGGCCGAGCAGUCCUGGCUCUGAUCGACACUCGCUCCGACGGCUACGAGACGCCCGACUUUGAGCUCUCGUCUGAGGACGAGGCAAGCGAUGACGACGACGACGAUGACGAUGAUGAGCCAGAAGCGUACGAGGCGCAACCUGCAUCCAAGCGCCGCAGGACUGGCGUGUCGUCGGAGCAGGCGAGCAAGCCUUCGUCCAAGAAGAGCAAGCUGGAGCAGGAAGAGGAGCUGGCGCUGCGCCUGCUCGCUGGUGGUGUUUAA